GAUAUGGUGCUGAGCGGCCGUGCCUUGCAGUAGCCCACGGUACCUAAGGUAGUUUACCUUAUCUACGAGGUUCUUCUGACAAGCCCGCGAGUCAGAGAUUCCCGGUGUGGGUUGUGACGGAGCCGAGUCUACAGUCGACUCCCGGACCUCACCACCAUGGGUGGAAAUGCUUAGACUUUUGCUUCUGUCCUGUUUGCGUGCGUUGUCACCCAAAGACCCGCCGAAAAGCCCCUGGUCUUUUUAUCGAGGAGGAGGGUGAGGGCGAGGGUGAGGAAGAUGAAGAGGAAGAGGAGGAGGACCACGCCGCUUCGCUCCUCACAAUGAUGAGGAGCGAGGAUUGCGAGGAGCACUCAUCGCCAUUAAAAACGCUGGCAAAUCCAUUCGAACUCUUCUUCAUUCCGUCCCUCAACUUGUCAUUUCAAUCCACCCAUCUCAUCUCAAUCGCGGUCACGACAAACAAGAAAUCACGUCCCCCACUAUCACAACCGCCAAGAUGUCUUCCAACCAAGCUCAACACCCCUCUCAAUACACCACCAUCCCUCGGCCCCGACAAGAACAAUUCUCAAACGCAUUUACAUAUCAACAACCAAACGGCUCUGACAGGCUUAAUACCUGGUUGUCCUCUCCCCCUUCCACAGCGCCAUUCCACAACAUCGCCGCCUACCGAACGCCGACCUCCGCUUCCGGCAGCGGUGCGAACGUGCGGGGCCCCGCCCCGGCUCCGAGCAGCAACGGUGCGACGUGGGGUAGCGGACACGGCCGUUAGAGUUGCGCGCGGACCUGGGCCUCGCCGAAUGCCGAAUGGCAGCCACCCGACGUGGAACCUGAGUGCAACUUAUUUUCGGGCGUUUUAAGGACGGAAGCUUGGAUGGGUAUACGGGCGUUAGGGUAAAAUGGCGAGAGUCAAUUGGACAGGCCCGAAGGCUUGGGGAACAGGAUGGUUUACUUCCAGAUGACAUUUUUCGGGAUGCUACUGCGUUUAUGGAGCAACAGGACAAUCAAUAUUACCACAUAACUUUUCUA